GCCAGCGCUCUGCUUUGCCACACAACUACAACCCUUUCCAUCUCACGCAGGACAGAAAUGGCUAAGGGAACAGCAACAGCAGCAGCGUGGUGUGCCGUUCUGUUAGCGGCGACACUGGUAGCGGGAGAGGCAGACCCUGGUCGCUCUGGAGGACGCGGCAGAUAUUCCUCGUAUUCCCGGCGCCCUUACAAAGGAGGUGGGCACGGAGACAUCUCCCGAGAAAAGGGUGGACACGGUCAUUUCUCCGGUGGUCGCUCGGAUGAACACCACAGUGGUGGCUACAUUAGCGGAAGUCUCUCUGCUGGUCACAUCGGCCAGUCUGCGGAGAAGCACGGUGGUGGGCAAUCCUUCGGCCACUCAGUGGAGCUCCACGGCGGCGGCCACUCUGUCGGAGGCCAUGGUGGGAGCCUGUCUGGCGGACACGGCGGCUCUUUUGGGGUUAGUAGCCAUGGAAGUCAUUCCCUUGGUGGACAAAGUAGCGGCGGCAGCCACCCCGGCGCAGGCCAUAUCCAUAGUGAUCAUGGAAGCUUCAGCGGCAGCCACUCCGUCGGAAGCCAUGGAGGAAGCCAGUCUUUCGGAAGCCACAGCGACAGCCAUUCUCUCGGGGGACAUGGUGACAGCCACUCACUCGGGAGCCACAGUGGCAGCCACUCCCUCGGUGCUCAUGGCGGCAGUCAGUCUUUCGGGAGCCACGGCAGCGGACACUUUGGCGGGCACAGCGGAAAGCUAUCGGUAGGUCACAGCAGUUCCUCUUCAGGGGGCGGCAGAGGCAGCGGCUACAAACAUUAUCACUGAGGCACAACAUCUACACCCAUCCUCAGGGCGAGGGGUGAGGCAGGCCUUCUCGCACGCCGCCCACCUAUCCCCCUCGUACUGCUCCCGGAACCCUCGGCUACCCAGGGAACACACCGCGGCCCACACCAAUACUCGUCCCGGGGUUUGUCUUCUUGUUGCACCAAUAAAACCAUCACAAAUU